AUGCAAAACAAAACUGCUGUCCCAAUUCUUAUUGACGUUCUUAAAGACUCCAAGCAAGAGCCGAUUGUUCGCCAUGAGGCAGGGGAAGCCCUUGGGGCAAUUGGCGACAUAUCGGCUCGAGAGGUUCUUGAGGAGUAUUUGAAGGAUCCUAACCAGGUGAUAGCUGAAACUUGUGAGCUGGCUCUUCGAAGGAUUGAGUUAGUCAACUCUAGUGGUGAUAAGACCGAAAGCCCUUAUCAAAGCAUAGAUCCAACCUCGACUGCUUCCAGCGAUAACGUGGACGAGCUUGGUGCAACGCUAGUGGAUAGUUCUAAGCCUCUUUGGGAUCGUUAUAGCGCAAUGUUCAAAUUAAGGAAUAUCAACACGGAUGCUUCGAUAAAAGCUCUCGCACAAGGUCUUUACUGUGAAGACAGUGCAUUGCUACGACACGAGGUUGCCUACGUUCUAGGCCAGGCACAGUCUCCAGUGGCUAUCCAGGAGCUGGAGGAUCGUCUGACACUCCUUUCUGAGAAUUGCAUGGUUCGACACGAGUGUGCUGAAGCUCUCGGUGCUAUUGCUACUGAACGUUGCACUUCGUUAUUGCAAGAUUACAUCAACGAUAAAGAGCGUGUUGUUCGGGAGAGUUGUGAGGUCGCCUUGGACAUGGCUGAGUAUGAGAAUAGUGACGAGUUGAACUACGCCACAGUAAAAUCGUAA